AUGAGUACACGAAGAAAUAGCGUUCCCAAGCAUCAGCGAACUGAGAAAUUUUGUGGUGAAGGGCCAAAUUGGAUCCUAAUUGCAGGGGGUGCUUUGUUAAGCACAUUGUCCAUUCGCUUUGGGUACAAGCUUAAACAGUCCCUUGAUUUGAAACCUCAACCGUGUGGCUCUUCUGGAUCAAAAGCCAAUGGAACAUGUGAGAGGAAAAAAUCUAUAGGUUGUUGUUGCUCGCACUCCAACACAUCUUCCUGUGCACAUAAUAAUGAUUAUUGUUGCUUCUGCUCCAUUCCAGGAACUGAGAACGUGGAGGGAAAAGAGGUGGCAAAUGAGCAAAUUGUAUCUGCAUCUGACACUUCACUGCCACUUGUGACGGUUCCUGCUCCAUCAUUUAGCAAAGAGAACGGAGUCAUGUGGACAUCUUCUCCUGAUCGCCUGGAACUGCCCCCAAAACCAUACAAUCACCAUUCGACCUGCUCAGAUUCUCCUUGUGUAUCUGAAACGAGCUCAGACAUCUUCAGCAAACGAGAAGUAAUACAAAAACUGAGGCAACAGCUGAAGAGACGUGACGACAUGAUACUGGAAAUGCAAGAACAGAUUAUAGAGCAGCAAAACUCGCGUAAUGCACAGAUGGCACACUCAAGCCAUCUCCAGGAACAGCUAGACGCAAUGAACAGAGAUCUGUUUGAAUCAGAAAGAGAAGUUCAGAGACUGAGAAAAGCGAUCGCUGAUCACAGCGUGGGAUACGCAGGUAGCAAUGGCAAGACAUCUCCUGUUGCACCUUGGAAUGGCCAUGUGAACGGGUUCAGGGACAGCGAAAGCAACUAUGAGACAACGGAAAAGGGGGUAAGGGACGGAGAAAGAAUAGAGAUGUUGAGAAAGGAAGUGGGUGAGCUUAAAGAGGUGAUAGAUGGGAAAGAGUAUCUGCUUAGGAGCUAUAAAGAGCAGAAAAUGGAGCUUUCAGAGAAGAUCAAAGAGUUGCAGCAGAGAUUGGAUUCACAGCUCCCAAACAUAUUGUAG